AAUACUGUAAAUAUUAUCGUAUAUUACGUGAGAAAUGGCCGACAAAUGCAUUCACGUCUACCUCGACAUCAAAGUCGCCGACGAGUCAGUCGGCCGAAUAGUUAUUCAACUCUUCAAUAAUGUGGUGCCGAAGACGUGCGAAAACUUCCGCGCCUUAUGUACGGGUGAAUUGGGUGUCGGCUCUCAAGGAAAGCCUCUUCACUACAAAGGAUCCAUUUUUCACAGAAUAAUCCGCGAUUUUAUGAUACAAUGCGGAGACUUCACUAAUUUUAACGGAACGGGAGGUCAGAGUAUUUAUGGCGAGAAGUUNGGUCAGAGUAUUUAUGGCGAGAAGUUUGAUGACGAGAACUUUGACCUCAAGCACGACAAACCGGGUCUCUUAAGUAUGGCCAACGCGGGGCCCAAUACUAACGGCUCGCAGUUCUUCAUCACAACCGUAGCCACACCUCAUUUGGACGGAAAGCAUGUGGUGUUCGGACAAGUGGUCAGAGGCAUGGGUGUCAUCAAACACUUGGAGGGCUUACCCACCGGUGCUAACGACGAGCCCAUUGAAAAGUGUGUUGUCUAUGAUUGCGGACAAUUCAAAGACGGAGAGGAAUGGAAUCUCACUGAGAAUGACGGCUCCGAAGAUGUGUUCCCAUCGUUUCCCGAGGAUUCCGAUCUGGACUUCACUUCGAUCGACCACAUCUUGCAAAUCGGUGAACACAUCAAAGGCUCCGGCAAUUCAUACUUCAAGAACGAAGACUUCGUGAACGCGAACCACAAAUACAAGAAAGCGUUGCGUUAUUUGAAUAAAUUACACGACAAUGACCUCAACGACGACGUCACCAAACGGGUCGUCUCUCAAGAACUUCCGUGUCUUCUCAAUAGCGCCGCGUGUCUGCUGAGGCUGAAGAAGUACGACUCGGCGUUGGAAGUGCUGAACGAAGCGCUGGACAUCGGACCCGAUAAUGCAAAAGCGUUGUACCGAAGGGGUCAGGCCUUUCACGGGCGACGCGAAUACGACAAAAGUCUAGCCGAUCUCCAGAGGGCGCAGUCGUUGGCACCGAACGACAAGUCGAUUACAUCGGAGUUGGCGGCCGUGAAGGGCGAGAUCGAGGCCUACAAAGCGCGCGAGAGGAAGGCCUACGCGAAGAUGUUCUCAUAGAUACGUAGCAAUCCUUGUCUCAUAAGUACCGGUAAUUUGUAUUAUAGAUGAGAGCAACACAUUUGCAGCGAAUUUGUAAAUAACGGCAACAAAU